GUGGUUCAUUCCUGUCAAUGUUGUAUUGGGUUCAAUAUCAGGCUCUGUGAUUGGCUUUGUUGUUGCAUCUAUUGUUCGACCUCCGUACCCCUAUUUCAAGUUCACCAUUAUACAUAUUGGGAUUGGGAACAUUGGAAAUAUACCACUUGUUUUGAUUGCAGCUUUAUGCCGAGACCAAUCAAACCCAUUUGGUGAUUCAGAGAAAUGUAGUCAGGAUGGAAAUGCUUAUAUCUCAUUUGGCCAGUGGGUUGGCGCAAUUAUACUGUACACCUACGUUUUUCAAAUGCUCGGUCCGCCUCCUGGCGGUUCAUUCGACGACAAUGAACAAGAAGAGCUUCCAAGUAAGAGACCGGCUAAUAAUGCCAGUGCAGAGCAAGUACCUUUGCUUUCUUCGGACGAGCCUGAAGAAACAAACAUGCAGGCUUCAAAAAGAGAAAAAAUACUUUUCCAGCUACGUCGUCUUGCUGAAACACUAAAGAUUAAACAGAUUUUGCAACCGCCAAUCAUUGCCUCGGUGCUGGCAAUUUUCAUUGGUGCUAUACCAUUCCUGAAGCAGUUAAUUCUCACGGACGACGCGCCUUUCUUUUUUUUCACUGACAGCUGCUUAAUUCUUGGGGAUGCCAUGAUUCCUUGCAUUUUGCUUGCGUUGGGAGGAAAUCUUGUUGAUGGUCCUGGUGCAGGAAGUAAAAAGCUUGGUUUUCGAACAACUGCUGCAAUUAUAUUUGCACGAUUGGUUAUAGUUCCUCCCGCUGGGCUUGGUAUUGUCACCUUGGCUGACAAGCUUGGCUUUCUUCCAAAGGGUGAUAAAAUGUUCAGAUUUGUGUUGCUGCUCCAGCAUACAAUGCCUACUUCUGUGCUUUCUGGUGCUGUUGCAAAUCUGAGAGGAUGCGGAAAGGAGGCAGCUGCUGUUCUAUUCUGGGUUCAUAUAUUUGCAGUAAUCUCCAUGGCUGGAUGGAUCAUUCUUUAUCUGCGCCUUCUCUUUUAAGUUUCUUGCAGACACAACUGCUGCUUUGGUAGGAGCUCUCAAUUCUUUUCCUUUUCCACACUGCUGUGAGCGCCAUGAUUUUUUUUCUAUUUUUAGUAAAAAUUAGAUUAAUUUGAAGAGUCUGUGUAUAUAGGUUUUAGAAUGCCUGAAUGUUUUAUCAUUUUGUAUCUUUUGAUGUGUCAUAGAGACCACAUCUGAUUAGGAGGAACUGUUUUAGAAUGCUGCUUGUAAUGUAUUUCAUGGCCUGUGAUUAGGAUUAUUGAA